GAAAAGUCCACAUAUAAAAAAAGGAAAUCUCGCUCGUUGGCUGCCCUGAAUAGCCCGUCUUCAGUUGUCAUUCACCCCGCGAAAGACUUCACAGCUGAAGCUCAGCCGGCGAACCAUUAGAUUCUACCGGUUGAACUUCAUUUCCAUGUAUUGGGGGAGACUAAAUCUCUAACGCCUGUUUCCUAGGGUUAAUCUUUAAUGCUUCGUCUCGUAACUUACCAAUUCAACAGUAGCAAUGGUAUGCUGGAUCGCUCUUCUCUGUUUCCUCUCGCGUCUUCAGGUCUCCCUCUCAGCUUCACCAAAAGAGAAAUCUUUUAAAUCGGUUCCUGAUCUUGAGAGGUCCAUGUAUGUGGCAAUUGAUGGAUAUCCAUGUGUACGACUACUUAACCUUUCUGGGGAGAUUGGCUGUUCAAACCCUGGCCGUGGGAAUGUUGUUGCUCCAGUUGUGAGGUUCAAGGAUACAAUUAAGUUGACCAAGCCAGCAGCUAUUUUGAUUUCACUUGAAGAAUUCAAUACUUUUCUCACAAGAUUUUCAAGCGAUUCCAAUUUAGCAAAACAUGUAGCUGGUUUGUUAGUUGAAUCAGGAACUCAGUCACAAAAUAGAUCAAUAGGAUUUUCACCUGACAAGAAGUUUCCACUGGCAGAAUUUGCCCCUUAUACUAAUGGCAACUUUGAAUGGAAUCCUAUUGGAUCUGGAGUCAUGUGGGAGGCUUAUAAUUUUCCUAUAUUCCUACUUUCAGCAAGUGGCACACUUACAUUGAGGGAGAUUGCCAUAAAAAACGAGGGGGGGAAUUCACACACUGAAGAUGUGGCUGAUUUUGAAUUAGUAAUGCAGACAACAAAGUCUGGAACCCAUGACUCAGAAUCUUGUCUUAGAGAACAGACUUGCUUGCCACUGGGUGGAUACAGUGUCUGGUCAGCACUUCCACCAAUCAAAAUAUCUUCUGAAAAAUCAAGGCCUAUUAUAUUAGCAGUUGCUUCUAUGGAUUCUGCUUCAUUUUUUCGUGACACAAGUAUCGGCGCGGAUUCCCCAAUAUCUGGAUUAAUCUCACUCUUGGCUGCGGUAGAUGCUCUUUCCCGUGUUGAUUGCUCAAGCCAUAACUUAAAUAAACAACUUGUAUUUGUGGUUUUCACAGGAGAAUCUUGGGGAUAUCUUGGUAGCAGGAGGUUUCUUCUAGAACUUGAUCAACAUUCAGAUGCUGUUAGGGGUCUUGAUUUUUCAAUGAUUGAGACGGUUUUAGAAAUUGGGUCAGUUGGGAAGAGUGUCACCGAUGGCGUAAAGAAAUUCUUUGCUCAUCUUACUGAGGGCUCUUCUUCAAACAAAACUUGGAAUUCAUUGCUUCAUGCUCAAAACUCACUGAAAACAGAAAACAUUGAAGUCUCAAAGGCAAAGAAAUCAAAUCCUGGGUUACCACCAUCUUCAUUAAUGGCAUUUAUGAGAAAGAAUCCGCAAACUUCUGGCAUAGUUUUGGAAGAUUUCGAUGAUGCAUACAGGAACAAUUUCUAUCAUAGUCACCUUGAUGAUCUUACAGCCAACAUCAACUCUUCAGCGUUAGUCACAGCUGCUUCUCUCGUUGCCCGAAGUUUAUACAUCCUUGCCAGUGUCAAGAAUGAAGUUAAUGCUUCGCUUCUAAACACUAUCAAUGCAAAUUCUUCAUUGGUGGAAGAACUUCUCAGUUGUCUCCUAAGUUGUGAACCAGGCUUAUCAUGUGAAGUUGUGAAACGCUACAUUUCUCCUUCCUUCAGUUGCCCAAACCAUUAUGUUGGUGUUAUCACUGGGGAACCUUCCUCUGUGCCUUAUCCUGGUAAUGUGGGGGAUAUCUCUCGGUUUAUAUGGAACUUUUUGGCAGAAAAAACAUCCAUCCCACCUUCAAAUACCAGUUCUGCUUGCCCAGAAGAUUGUGGCAAUGUUGGGGAAUCAUGCAUCCAAACAGAAACAGACAGGAAGGGCAUAUGUGUCAUCUCCACCACAAGGUAUGUACCAGCUUAUUCAACUAGAUUGAAGUAUGAAACAGAUACUUGGAAAGUUCUACCUUCCAACGCCACUAUUGGGGCAUCUGAAUCCGACCAGGAUCCUGUUUGGACGGAGAGUAAUUGGGACACAAUAAAGCUUCGAGUUUACACAAUGCAGGAUGCUGCAUUCGAUCGCUUUGUUCUGCUACUUGGAAUUGGUGUUACGGUUUCAGCUUACCUCUUAAUAGUGAUGGCCAGAGCCUUCAUCACAAAGGCCAUGAAGCGUGAUUGACUUAGAAUAUACUCUGUAACGUUUUUUGCACUAUCUAACUUUGGUGUACCAUUUAGGGUGCUUCCUUACUUUACGAUUUUUUGUUUUUGUUUUCCAUUUCAAAAUGUUCUUUUUUUCAUACAAAAAAACUAUUGAUGCAUGCUAACCUCACUGUAUGUGUAUUGUCUUCGAAUGAGUUUUUUGGCAU